CUCGACGGUUCAGUCUUCGUUUUUCUCGUGCGUAGAAAAGACUCACCCCUCCCGCACAGCGUCCUCUCUCUCGCGGCUGAGAUCGAUUUUUCUUAGCAGCAGCAGCAGCAGCAAGCAAAAGUGCAAAAGCGCAAAGAAAUAAAACGGGAAAAUAGCGACAAAAGCGAGUGGUCCCUAUUUUCCUUACCUCCCUCGUUAGUUUUUGGUGAAAGUGCAUUAGUUUAACUUUUUUUAUAUCCCGGUUAAUUCCCGCACACACUCAUACUUCCACAUUUACACACACCCAUACUUGGUACGUUCGAUUUUUUGCAACCGACGACGCGUCGAACGGAUUCUUCUAGACUAAAUAGAAGGAAGGAAAGGAACGUGCAAGUCUGUGGCCGUUUUUGUUUGUUUGUUUGAAAUCACUUCAACUGCAACACACACUCCGUGUCCGUGCCGUUUUGCCCAUUUUAUCCCAAAUGGACCCGAGUAAGGUUUUGGGAUAAAUAUUACUUCACAACCAAAAAAAAAAGGCUCUCUCUACGAACGCCUUCAAACGGUAAGCAGCAAAGUAGUGCAUAUUAACGUUGUUCUAAGCGUCCACACGCGUGAACGUGGUGCUAAGGGUCUAGUCAGGACUUUUGGGGCGAAAAGUUCCACACCACCUGCCAGGGGACAAUAAACUUUAUCAGGUGAACCCUUCAUCGACAGGUGAAUUCGCGUCAUCAAGCGAGAAAGGAGAGUGAGAGCAAGCGGAAGCGCGCUAAAACAAAGCAAGUUGUACACCAGACAGAAUGGCGGAGUCGGAGGACUUAAGUAAUAGCAGUAGUAAUAGUAGUAGCAGGGAGGAUAUGCACUUUUUCGAAGGUGUGGAAAAGCUGCUGGAAAUCUGGUUCGAACCGUCGACAGCGUGCAAGAAUGCCGAUCUGCGAAAGAUCCCCAGACCGAUGUGGGAUGCACUGCUGAAAACCGUACGAUGCGAAAUCAUCAGCUUCACCAGAAACGAUCAGAUCGAUGCUUAUGUGCUCAGCGAAAGCAGCAUGUUCGUGUCGAAGCGUCGCUGGAUACUGAAGACGUGCGGUACCACGACGCCGCUGCAGUGCUUCGAGCCACUGUUACGCCUGGCCGCCGAAAUUGCCGGCUACACCGAGAUCGAGGAUCUGUUCUACUCGCGCAAAAACUACAAGCGCCCGGAGCUGCAGGUGUCGCCGCACCGCGGCUUCGACGAGGAGGUCGCCUUUCUCGACUCGUUCUUUGACGACGGGCGCGCCUACAGCCUCGGUGCGAUCAAUCGCGACUGCUGGCAUCUGUACACGCUGAGCCGCGGGGGAGGGGGCUCCAAAAUUCUCAAACGCAACAACCAUCUCCAUCAGCUGAUGGAGCAGCACCAUUCGCAACAGCUGCAGCAGCAGCAGGAGGACGAUGAUGUGCAGCAACUCGACGCUCAGCUCAUUGAAGCAUCGAUGCAGCCCGAUCCGGAUCAGACGAUCGAGAUACUGAUGACGGAUCUGGACCCGAGCGUGAUGGCCAUCUUCACCAAGGAUGUCUGCACGACCGCCAAGGAGGCGACCCAGAAAUCGGGCAUCCAUCGUCUGCUGCCGGGUAUGGUCAUCGAUGAUUAUCUGUUCGAUCCGUGCGGUUAUUCCAUGAACGGCAUUUCCAAGAAUUGUGGAAAGAAGUACAAAGAGGGAUGUUACAUGACCAUCCACAUCACGCCGGAACGUGAGUUUUCGUACGUUAGCUUCGAGAGCAAUGUCGCGUCGUCGGAUUACGGGGAGCUGAUCAAGCGCGUCACCCGCACGUUCCAGCCGGGCAAGUUCAUCGUGACCGUGUUUGCGAACAAGACAUCAAUUGCUGCGAACGCCAACCGGGAGAUCGAGCAUUUGGGCACUAUCGAUCAGUGGAAGCGUCGCGACAUACAGUACUCGCGCUUCGCCAGCUACGACCUUACGUACGCCCAAUACUGCAAAUACCCUAGCUGAGGUUUACCGUGCCUAGCUCCACCGGCAGGGGCUAACCUUCCCUCUCCCCUUUCCCUUCCCGCCCUCCGCCCGCCCUCGUCUGAUGCGUUCUCUGACGAUGGCGGUGCAUCAGCAACCGGUUGUCCCACCACUUCCCUUCCCACUUCCGAAACAACCGCCACCGUCCCGAUGCGUCCCGAGCAGAAGCGUCCGCCGCUGAAACCUAUCGCUUCCCCCGUCGCUCCAUCGCUUCCGCUGUCGAUCGCAUUCGCUCGGUUGAUCUUUAGCAUCUUUCCCGCGCUCAUUGCCACAUUCGGUGUCGGCCCGAAGAAGGGCGUCGAGAGGCAGUGUCCCGAUCGGGCUGCGGCCACCACCAACCCGGAUAGGCGCAACGGAAAAUGCCACAAGCAGCAGCUAAACAAUGGUCACGAAACACGCCAGCAGAACGAAUGCUACUACCGCUCGCUUCCCGAACGUCUCUACGCCCAGCUACACCCGUACCGUGCCCUCGGCAAGACCGCGCUGCUUCCGUCACAGAAGUUGCUGAAUGAAAUGGACUUACCCGCACAAUCGCACCUGUUUGUGGAACAGCAGCAUCACUUUGGUGAUGAAAUGGCUACGACUAUCGCCACCACCACCACUACGACCGCCACCCAGCCGGACUACGGCGAGCUGCAGUUCUACGGGCAGCUGAAGAAGCUGCUCGACCUGCCGGUCCUGUUUGCCAUCUGCUUCGUGCAGCUGAUCUCGUUCGUGCUCGUGCUCAACAUUGAGGAGUGCUCCCCGCUGGUGCUCUUUUCCUGGUGGCGUAACAAGAUCUCCUGAAAUUGACUAGCCGUCGUCGCUCGCCGCAGCCUUCAGUUCUGAUUACAGCCGCCACCAUCAUCACCAUCCCCACCGUCGUCGUCGUCGUCGUCAGGGACCGGACCGACAGCAGCAGCAGCAUCAUCAUUGCGAUACGUUUGUUAUGUUGAGUGUUGUUAUGAUUAUUAUUUAAUUAAUAAUACGGUAGCAGCAGCAGUAACAGCAGCAGCAGCAGCAAGAAAAUUCGGACGGCCGCAAUACGAUCGCCGCCAGCAGCAACAACAACAGCAACUGCGGGUUAUAAGACGGCGAGCAUGCGAGAUGUCUGCUACUAGCAGCAGCAGCAGCAGCAGCCUUUGGUCGCAAGCUUACCUUUGUGCGUUUGGUUGUUCUGCCAAGGGCAAGGGGCAAUCCUUCCCAUCUCUUCCAGCGUUUUCUUUUCGUCCCGAAGCGCACCACAACGUCGUUUCGUCAGUAGAUUCUAAGACUAUCUGCCAGCUUCCUGCCGCAGAUCACUCUUACCAUCACGAUCAGCUGGUGCUGUCUGGGAAGAGUUUGAGCAAGAAAGACGGCUUUGAGAGUGCUUGUUUAAUGAAGGGGGAAAACGAUUCCUCCGUGGAUGUGGCAAGAGCAGCAGAGGAGCAACAACGACGUGCUGCAUCUUCACGCAAACGACGGGAAAGUAAGCAGUGGCGCAAAAGCCCACUCAAGCGAGAAACUACACAGAAAGCUUCCAACAAUACUUCUGUACCAGCAGCAGCAGCAGCAGUAGUAGUAGCAGCGGUACCCAAAAAUAACAGCACCACUUGCUUAGUGUUAGGAAUAGAGGAAACAUUACCGGCAGCACUUCGUCUAGGGCCACCACACAGUACCAUCCCUCCUGUCGCCCGCAAUCAGGAAACGAGUCUAGCAGAGGGACCCCAUUCCUUUAUACUACUACUGCACUGCGGUGCAACGCUACUGAGCAUUGCACGGCUUCUAGCACCGGCCGCUCAGCCCAUCAUCUUUGCCUUUCUAAUCUCACUCGAUCUGUACUCGUAGCAGCGACUGAACGCCUCUUGCAGUCGGCUCGCCCACCCGUUCGGUCGUGGAAUGCCGAUUGCAUAUAGGUAGCAUUUACUUUUAACAUUACCUCCCCAGCUUGGGGAGAGAGAUAGGCACUUAUAUUGGAAACAAACAAACAAAAAGCACAAAGUGUGUAGUGUACCAGGGCGAGUUAGCAGACAGGGGACAGAGGUUUGAAGAAUGUAAUUUUACAUUUUAUUUUACAUUCGGUAACCCUAAUCCAUUCCGAUCAAUAGGGAAUAAUCGUUCAAUUCUUUCCACUCUCAUACACCCGGAAAUCCCCGGUUCCCUCCACACUACUUCCUCAUCUCCCUGCCGGGAUGCUUGUUGAUUAUGUAUUGAAAGAUUUUGUGUGCGUGAUUCCGUUUGAUUCAUUUUAUUUUUUAUUUUUUACAACACUCAUUAUCCUUCUCUCUAUACCAUGCAAUCAAGAAAAGUACAUUAAUAAGAGAUAAUUAUUUAAAAAAAGCACACACAAAUAUAUACAUACAUGUUCUCUAUAGCAAAAACUAUAGGAAGUUGCAAAGCCGAAGGCUUUACAAAAAUCGCAACGCAGUUUGUAUCAGUUUAAAUGGAAAUCCAUUCAGGGGACGAGAAACCCCGCACAUAAUUAAAUGAUUGAAAUACUAUGAAAGCAUUAAAAAAGCAGAAAAUAAUAGAUUACUAACUAAAGAAAAAAA